CGACCUCUGUGCCCGCAAGAACAAACUAAUUUGCUCGCAGAUAGGAGUCAAUGUGUGUUUCUUUAGUGUAGUGUGAUUUGAAAAGUAAAAGUGUGUCGAAGUUGGAUUUGUUAUUUGAUUUAGAAUAGAAGAAAAAUGAAACAUUAUGUCGAAUCAAAAAGACACAGUAGAUAUUUUGUCGCGAUGCGGUCAACAAAAAAAAUUUAAAAGAUACCGCUUGAAGGCAGUGAGGUUGUAGUGGGGAGAGGAGCUGAAUCUACAGUAACUUUCCUGUCAUAUAACAUCUCAAGACGUCAUGCUAUUUUCAGAAAAGAAAAAAAUGGUUGGCACAUUUGUGAUACAAAUAGUACAAAUGGUGUGUAUGUAAAUGGCAGAAGACUUGAACAGAAUGAAGAUAUGCUGCUUAAAUACACAGAUGUUAUUUCUUUUGGUCCACCUGACAGGGCAGAGUAUGUUUACUGCUACAAAAGAGGGGGUGCAUGUGCCUCUAAUGACCAAAACCCACAACCAUGUAAAGUGAGAAUUAAAGAAAAAUCUCCAGAACAAAAAGACAUACAACGUGAAGUCACUGGCCUAGUAGGACUUAAUACCUCAUCUAUUGAGGUUUCACCAACUCCUUCAGCUGGACCUUGUAGUAAAGAAGACAGAAAUAAUGAGCAAGAAAAUCCUUUUGAAUUAACUAAGAAUCAAGUUUAUAGUAGCUCUGACAAACUAAACAGUGCUCAAAAUAUUGAUCACAACAGUUUGAAAGAAUCUGACAUUUCUAGUUUGUGCACUGAAAACAAGUGUAGACGGUCAGAAACUGUAGUCAACAGUGUUUCACUUGAUUAUCAGCCAAAACAAGUUGAUCAGAAGAUCAAUAAAGAAUAUAAAAAUGCACCUACUUCCACAGUCUUACUUGAAAAAAGUGUGGAACUUACUGGGGUUAGAGAAUGUGAAUGUGUGAGUAAAGAGCAGGAAACCCUCCAAAAGAAACUUGAAGAACUGGAACAACUUUUGAAAAAACAAAAUGAGAUAAGGAAAGAUUUGGAACAGCAGCUACAGACAACAGAACAACAACUUCAGAGGAAACUCAAGAAAAAACAGGAAAAAGUAAUCGAAGAAAGAGAACAGCUUGAAGAGGGUCUAAAGAAAAAUGCAAAAGAAAGGUUAUCCACCAAUGAAAAACAAUUAGAAGAAGAACUGGCCGUUCAGCAGAAGGUGCUGUUAGAUGAGAGAGACUAUUCAGAGAAAAUCCUUGCUGAACAUUUAGAAGAGAAAGACAAAGAUGUACAAGAGAGGUUGAAAAAAGAGCAUGAAAUGGUACAGAAGGAGUUGGCAGAAAAAGAAGUUAAAACACAACUGUUAGAGAAACAGUUACAAGAAUUGAGGUCAGAGCAAGAAAAAGCCAAAAAAGACGUUCAAAACCAGUUUAGUGACCUUGUUGAAAAUGAGCUGAUGUGUUCCAUCUGUUCGGAGCUCUUCGUUGAGGCAACAACUCUUCAGUGUUCACAUACCUUCUGCAGAAGCUGUAUUGAAGAAUGGAAGAAGAAGAAAAAGGAGUGUCCAAUUUGUCGCACUCGCAUUGUUUCUCAGACCAAAGCUCUAGUUGUAGAUAGUUUUAUUGAUAGUAUGGUUACCAAACUCAAUCCCCAGCUUCAAGAAAGAAGAAAUACCAUCUUGAAAGAACGAGAAGCAAAAAAGAAAGGAAAAACACAACAAAGUACUGCUGGUGAAACUGCAUUACCAGUAGGGGCUCAUUCUGUUAUUGUCAUCACAGACAGCGACUCUGACUCAGACAGUGACAGUUUGGGAUCUGAUUCAGAUGCAUCAGUUUCUGGAGAUUCUUGGGCAUACUAUGGUGGAUAUGGGCAUUGUUUCAACUGUGGAAGACGUGGUCACUGGGCAAAUGGUUGUCCUUAUUAUUAAUGUUAUAAAUAAACAGAAUGUAAAGGAUUUUUUUCAAUAAAUAUACUUUCAGAACAUUUA